UCUCGCUUAUUUCAAGGCAGAGCACUGAGCGGAUUAUUGGUGUAACUUGCGUUUACGCGCGUAAUGGUUUACUUCAGAUAAUUUAUAUAACCACUGCGAGGGGAAUUAACGAUUCAGUACAUUUUUUAAAUAAUAAUUUCCUACUUAAAAAUAUAUUUAUUUUAUUUAAUUAUUUAUGUUAAAGUAACUCAGGAAUCACUACUGGAGGAGUGCACAAUUUGUUAUUUUUUCACGAAUAGCCGUCAAUUCACAUUAUUUAUUCGUCUCAAAUGGACUAAGUAACGUUCCUUUUAGGACUCGCGGCAAGAACGAAGGACACAAAAUAAGCCUACAGGUCCUCUAAAGAGACUGUACUAUAGCUUGCGUUUUAAGGAGGCACGGUGGCGGCAUUCGGAGAUCUACAAGGAGCCUGACAAGCGCCCGAGUCACUGUUGGAAUCGCGAAAUAAUUUUAUUAGUUUACAAAAAACGCCUACCGCCAUCAUGCCCAGCAUGCGACAUUCGUACACCGUAACUGUUCCCGAAGACCCCCCAGCCGCAGCCUUUCCGUUCUUGAAGCCAGACCUGCGGCGGAAGACCUCUGCAGUGUCCGGUUCGGUGCUGGUGUCCACGUUUGUGGGACUCCUCAUUAACCAAGCCAAGAAUUCCAAGAACGCUCACGGCCUGGUGGGACUGCGGAACCUGGGGAACACUUGCUUCAUGAACUCCAUCCUGCAGUGUCUGAGCAACACGCAGGAACUGCGGGACUACUGCCUCCACAACUCGCACCAGCAAGACCUCAACAACAACAGGCGCUCCAACACCGCACUCAUGGAAGAGUUUGCUAAGCUCACCCAGACCCUGUGGAGGUCGACCAGCAGCGAUGCGGUCAGCCCGUCUGAGUUCAAGACACAGAUUCAGAAGUACGCCCCCAGAUUCGUGGGCUACAACCAACAGGACGCCCAGGAAUUCCUGCGCUUCCUGCUCGACGGCCUGCACAACGACGUGAACCGCGUGGGGGUGCGGCCGCGACUGCGCGUGGAGGACGGCGACCGCUUGUCAGACAACGAGAAAGGCAGAAUGAUGUGGAACAAGUACCUGCAGAGGGAGGACAGCAAAAUAGUGGAUCUGUUCGUGGGACAGCUGAAGAGCUCUCUGACCUGCAGUGACUGCGGCUACUGCUCUACUGUCUUUGAUCCAUUCUGGGACCUGUCACUCCCCAUCGCCAAGAAAGGCUCAGGGGAAGUGAGUCUGAUGGACUGCAUGAGACUCUUCACAAAAGAGGACGUGUUGGACGGCGACGAGAAGCCGACAUGCUACAGGUGUAAAUCCAGGAGGAAAUGUAUGAAGAAGUUCACCAUCCAGAAAUUCCCCAAGAUCUUGGUGCUUCAUCUGAAACGCUUCUCCGAAGCUCGGGUGAGAACCAGCAAGCUCACCACGUUCGUCAACUUCCCCCUGCGGGACCUGGACCUGAGGGAGCUGGCGUCAGAGAGCAGCGCGGAUGCAGUAUAUAACCUGUACGCAGUGUCCAAUCACUCAGGCACCACGCUGGGCGGUCACUACACGGCCUACUGCCGCAACCCCACCCUGGGAGAGUGGUACAACUUCAACGACUCCAGGGUCACGCCCAUGUCUUCCAGCCAGGUGCGCAGCAGCGACGCAUACGUGCUGUUCUACGAGCUCGUCACCUCCUCGCGGGUGUGAGGCAGCCGCGGGCGUGGCUCGAGGACAAUUGUGGCCCCCAUCGGGCUGAUGUCACGGCAACAGGGGCGGCCCGCCUCCGUUUGACGUCAGCCACAGACAGCAGGACUAGUCCCACGGGCUGGGGGGUGUGUGUGUGUGUGGGGUAGGGCUGCUAAAUCUGUCCGUGGACUUCUGAGAGAGAGCCGGAGGAACUCGCUGUAAUCCUGCCCCCACAUCCUGCCAAGGCCCCCCCCCCCCAUCGAAUCUCCUCUCUCUCCCUGCCCCCCGCUGUGUGGUUCCUCAGGGGGAGGGGCCCCUAUGCGUGUGGCUGCGUUUCCAGGCAAUAACCCAGACGGCUGUGCCUCCCUCUCCAUGCGCCGUGACAGGACUGCGUCUCCCACUGCGUCGUCCCUUUCCUUUGCAUUUGUUUUUGUUUUUUGUUUUUUAGCAUCGCGCUAACCUGAAAGACUCACUCCACGUUUUUCGUUUUCGUCCCGAACUCUCUUGGCGGGGAGCUUACUGGGAGACAAACGGUGGACGGGGACGUCUCUUUUCCCGCCGAGCGCCCCCCUUUUCCCCGCCGGCGCCUCAGCGUUCGUCUCCGUCUUACUUUCCCCGCGGCCUUCCGCUCCGUCUCUCCCUCCUUCCGUCUCUGGAAACGGACGCCGGCCCUGCAGCGUUGGAGCCGCAGUGCGAUCUCAGGGGACACUCGCAGCCCUCCCCCCUCCUCACCGUCACUUACGGUUUCAAUUUUGUGAAGGAAAUCUCACCCGCGUGAACUGACACAGGAUGGCCGGACACUUUUGAGAACAUGAUCCUUGUGUAUUUUUGUAUUAUGAUGCAAUAUGGAAAAUGUACUAUACAGUGGUGCUGCAAGUGGCCAUGACAAUUUUUUUUUUUUGGUUAAUUUAAUGGGCUAGAGGCAAGACUUUUAUUUUAUGCUGACUGGUGACAAUGAUGUGAUGAAUUCACAGUUUUUAAACUAGCAGGAGAAAAAAUAUAUUUAAAAGGCAUAUAUAUUUAUAUAUACCUGAAUAAAUUUGAAAAAACAGA